UCGUUCGACACAUUCGAAAAUCCCGCUGCUUCCAUGUUCUCGUUUACCCUGCACGUGCAAUCAGAUGGAUACACUAGGAACAGGGCGACGAGGGUAUUUCUUUGUACAUCGAGUCCAGAUGAGAGCGGACGUUACACCCUUGACUUGGCGCAGGACGGAGAUGAGUUGGUCGUCUUCAGAGGCGUCGAUACAGAGGAUUUAGGUAGGUGGCUCAUACUAUCUGGACUUCUCUCUAUCAUCGUCGAGCUUAUUGCUGGCAAAGUCACUACAACGCUCGAGCGGUUAACCGCUCUGCACCGCCCAGACUCAAUAGUGGUGGGCACGAGAGGCCAGCGCGGCAUGAUGCAAGCCUGGGGUGCGGCGUUCGGCAGCGUAUCAAAGUAUUGUCUCUCGAAUUCUCCCGUGCCCAUCAUUGUCGUUCGCCCGGAGAGAAAGGUCAGGAAAGUACUAGCCAAGAGAAGAACCGAUCCAAAGAGAGGUACCCAUUUUGACGAGCUCACGAGGGCGAAGACGCAGAAUAUACAGAGUGUUCCUAUGUCUCCCUCUGUCACACGAGUGUGA